ACCCGAACCCACCCAGUCUGCGAGCAGCCCGCACCAGCCCCUCAGUUCUGCCGGGACUGCCGGGAAGAGCUGGAGCGGGGCAAGGAUGAGGGAUGGGAGCGGGGCUGAGCUCCUUGUCCUGAAGGACUGGGCGCGGGGCGAAUCGAGAGGAAGCCGUGGCAAUGGGCCGGCCGGCACCCCCCGAGCCCCGGGCGGGCACCAGUGAGCCCCGCGGCCACGCGUGGGGAGGCGGCGGCGCUUGACCCACGGGAAACGAGGAGCCCUCGAGGUGCGUGUGCUCCUGCCGGCCCUCGCUGUUCCAUGGGACUUCUGCUCCCCGCGACAGACCUGAUGUGGAGGGAAGCGUUUCUAAUAUGAACUUUCUCCCUGGGAUCUGGUGGUCUCUUCCCCUGGUCUUGAUCUGGGUGACCCCACCGGUCAGCUCCUCAUGGUGGUACAUGGGGGCCGUGGGCUCGUCGCGGGUGAUGUGCGACAACGUGCCGGGGCUGGUGAGCCGGCAGCGGCAGCUCUGCCGGCGGCACCCCGAGGCCAUGCUCUCCAUCGGCCGCGGCGUGGCCGCCUGGACGGCCGAGUGCCAGCACCAGUUCCGUCGGCACCGCUGGGACUGCAACGCCCUGGAGCGGGGGCAGCGCCUGCUCGGCCGCGUUCUGCAGCGCAGUAGUCGGGAAUCUGCUUUUGUGCAUGCCAUCUCCUCCGCUGGAGUUGUUUUUGCCAUCACCAGGGCAUGUAGCCAAGGGGAGCUGAAAUCCUGCUCCUGUGAUCCCAAGAAGAAAGGCUCUGCCAAGGACAGCAAGGGCCAUUUUGACUGGGGUGGCUGCAGCGAUAACAUUGACUAUGGCAUUAAGUUUGCCAGAGCUUUUGUGGAUGCCAAAGAACGGAGAGGAAAAGAUGCAAGGGCGCUGAUGAACCUUCACAACAACAGAGCUGGAAGGAAGGCCGUGAAGCGGUUUUUGAAACAGGAGUGCAAAUGUCACGGUGUGAGUGGAUCAUGCACUCUAAGGACCUGUUGGCUGGCCAUGGCAGACUUUAGGAAAACGGGAGAUUAUCUGUGGAAGAAAUACAAUGGAGCGAUUCAGGUGGUCAUGAAUCAAGAUGGCACGGGUUUCACUGUGGCUAAUAAGAGAUUUAAGAAGCCAACUAAGAAUGACCUGGUAUACUUUGAAAGCUCUCCAGACUACUGUAUCAGGGACAGGGAUGUAGGGUCCCUGGGCACAGCCGGCCGGGUUUGUAACCAGACGUCCCGCGGCAUGGACAGCUGUGAGGUGAUGUGCUGCGGGAGAGGCUACGACACGUCCCGUGUCAGCAGGAUGACAAAGUGCGAGUGCAAGUUCCACUGGUGCUGCGCUGUGCGCUGCCAGGACUGCCUGGAAGUGGUUGAUGUUCACACCUGCAAAGCACCAAAGAGCGCUGGCUGGAUCUCCCGUGCAUGAUGCGCAGGCCACUGGUGCUUGAGGACCACAGCUUCUGCCCUCCCUGGUCCAUGCAGGGAAUAUGCCCAAGGUCUUCUUUACUUUUAUGUCAGUUUUGCUUUUGUCUUUCAUUGCACAGAAGCUCCUGAAUACUCAAUACAAAUUCUGCAGCAUUUGCUUUCAAUUUCUGCAUGACAGUGCUGCUGCUGGGUUGUCUCUGCAUAAACUGAUGCAGCUCUGGAAGGAUGUACUUCUGGCAGGACUCUUCUGACCGAUGCACAACUCUCCUUCAGACUCCUUGUGGCUGUUUGUUCCUGCCAUGAGGAACACAGUGAGAUGCAAAGAUGGGGCAUUUUGUGCAAGAGCACCACCACCAACUGCAUGGGCCGAGCUUGCUCAAGCAUCAUCAGAAGGAGCUCGUGCUGGUCACAGUCACGCCUUGGAUCCUGAAGAGCUCAGGAAUUAGAGCACCAGUUGGUGAUUCCUCCGUGAGAGAAAACCUGGGGCCAGGCUGGGUGAAGGGCUUUACUGUUUGUCCAUCCCCAGUGGACUGGAGUUUGCAGUAAUGUGGCCACCUGAGGCCAACCCAGACACAGUUGGCACACUGUGGCUUCCCGUGAGGCAGAAACUGGCCCAUGAUGAAACGCAAAGGAAACUGCAGGAGAUGUAUCCAACCACAACACUCCCAUAAGCUAUUAAAAAGUCAAAGCAAAUGUCUUAGUUAUGUAUUUGUGAAAACUUGCCUUAAAAGCUUUUAAAAGGCCAUUAAUAUUAACUGCUGUGGAUUUUGUGAUCUGAAGGAUCAAAGCAAUCUGUUUUGCAGCUUAGUGAGAGCUGGGUAUAGCACACUCAGCUACCAAAGGACGAGGUUUUCUAGUUGUCACUUACUGAAUAAGCAGAAAAACAUUUGCAUAAAGCUGAUGUCUCAGUAAUGAUCAGAUUUCUAAAGAAUCUA